CUCUCUGUUCAUGUUCAUGUGGAUACAACAACAAAGUACACAUGCAGUUCUGCUAAAUCCUCUGUAGUAUUACUUCCAUUAUUUUCUCCCUGGGGGAAGUUUCUUAAACAUGGGUAAGGGUAGCAAUCUCUUUCUCCUUUUCCAAGUCUUCAACCACUGCACGCAUCUGCAAUUUCAUCAAGUUGAUAGAUAUAGCCACCAAGCCAAUAGUAAGGAAAACCACGAAGAUUUUCUUCAUUUAGCCCGGAACAAUGACCCUGUAGCAGAGGAGAAAGCAGGAGCAGCAGAAGGCAAGUUCGAGAGAGUUUCCAAGCAGAAGGGUAGAGCAGAGGAGGAAGCGAAGUCCGGUGACCAACGGGUCGCCAGCCAGACACUUGAGAAAAUACAUGAUGGCGCUGCAGAGGCCCUCAGCAGUGAUUACAAGGUUGAUCCUGUUAAGAGUAGGUACAAGGAACAUGUACCAAGGGCUAACUACCACAAGACUGGUCACUUAAGUUAAAGCAGCUAUAUAGUAAUAUGAUGGUUUUGUAACUUGUAAGAGUUUGUGGAGCAUUUGAAUAGGUGAAAAAAUGUGUCUUUCAAAGUCUUCUUCAAUGGGAUCAUGGGGCCAAGGAGGCAAAUGAAUAG